AUGGAUAGUCGGCUAGCAUUUAACGGAACCGUCGAUGAGAUAAUUUUAGGACCCGAUUAUAUGAAACGUGUUUGGAUUCCCGACACAUUUAUUCCCAAUUCUCGGCAAAUGACACCACAAAUGUCCAUCUCUUCGGAGCCAAACAUUUUCGUUAAGGUCUAUAACAACGGAACAGUAUUUCUCAGCAUUUACGCAUCUAUACUGGCGUUAUGUCCAAUGGAUUUGACUAACUUUCCGAUGGAUAGCCAGUUAUGUUUGCUUGAAAUUGAAAGUUACGGCCAAAACAAUGCGGAUAUUGAGUACCGGUGGUCAACCAAAGAGGGUUACGAUGGAUUCAUUCUCGUUCGCUCGGAUAUUAUGUAUGCGUUUGCACUCAAACGAUCGCUUGUUUAUUACCUGAAUCAGGUAUAUAUCCCAGCGUUUCUAAUUGUGGUCAUAUCGUGGAUACCAUUCUGGAUGGACCGGAAGGACAAUCACGCGCGGGUGGCACUCGGCGUGACUACAGUCCUCACGAUCACCACUUUGGUCACCAACACUAGCGCAACGCUGCCUAAGAUAUCGUACAUGAAGUCCAUUGAUAUCUAUUUGGGUUUCUGUUAUGCUAUGGUUUUCGCCGCACUCCUGGAGUACGCGGUCGUCGGCUAUCGGGAGAUAAGUUCCAGUGAUGUGGCAGUAGUUGUGGUCAGCGGCGGCAAAAUGAGAGCCAAUACAAGGUCUGUGGGUCCGAACCGGACCAACACAAUAGACCGACACUCCCGGUGGAUAUUCCCUUUGGUUAACAUUAUAUUCAAUUUGAUUUAUUGGUUCACAUAUCUGUCCAUUUCGACACAACCGGUCGAUCCAAACAAACGUAUUAAUGCUCUUUAA